AUGAAGUGGUGUACAUUUGGUGUAGGCUCAUUAUUGGUGGCUAGUAAACUGGCUAAUGGGUUUAACUUGCAAAGUCCUUUUUCGUUGCAUGAGGGCUUUAAGGAGGCUCUAAUGGAUUUAGACGAUUCAUUCACGCAGGGUGUUGGGCAGACGUUUAAGUCGUUUAGAGAUAUGGAUGGGAUUGAGAUAUUGAAGUCGGAACACGAUUCUAGAUAUUCUUUGCGAGUUAAGAAGCAUGACCCUUCAAAAUUAGGGAUUGAUACGGUGAACCAAUGGUCGGGAUAUUUAGAUGUUUCUGAAAAGAAGCAUUUUUUCUAUUGGGUUUUUGAAAGUAGGAACGAUCCAAAGAACGAUCCUGUUGUGUUGUGGUUGAAUGGUGGGCCGGGGUGUUCUUCUUUUACUGGCUUAUUUUUUGAACUAGGACCUGCUAGCAUUGGUGAAGAUUUGAAACCAAUUCAUAAUCCAUAUUCUUGGAACAAUAACGCGACGAUAAUAUUCUUGGAGCAGCCAAUUGGGGUUGGGUUUUCUUAUGGUGAUACGACCGAUUCAACGGCUUUGGCUGGUGAAGACGCAUAUUAUUUCUUGGAUUUAUUCUUUAAGAAGUUCCCUGAUUGGAUUAAAAAUCCGUUCCAUAUUGCAGGUGAGUCUUAUGCUGGUCAUUAUAUCCCUCAGAUUGCACAUGAAAUUAUUAAGCGUAAGGAGGAUACAACUGGUACCGAACCGGCUCCUAUUUUUAACUUGACAUCUGUUUUGAUUGGAAACGGUGCAACUGACGCAAAGACCCAGUAUAAUUACUAUGAGCCAAUGGCUUGCGGAAAGGGUGGAUAUCCUGCCGUUUUGGAGCCGGAGCAAUGUGACAAGAUGAAUUCAUCUGCUUCUACAUGUGAGACCUUGAACAACCUAUGUUAUAUGACCAAGAAGAGCAUUCCUUGUAUCGCGGCGGGAGCAUACUGUGAUCGUUUUGCAUUCAAGUAUUAUUCCGAAACGGGUCUAAACCCAUAUGACAUUAGAAAAGAGUGUGAAACCCCCGACGGCGGUCUUUGCUAUAAAGACAUGGAAUACAUAACUGACUAUAUGAACCAGGCGGAAGUUAUUGAAGCAUUAGGUUCGGAUGUAAGUUCUUAUGAGAGCUGUAGCGAUAAAGUUAUGGCAAGAUUUACACUAUCAGGAGACUCACACAAACCGUACUAUCAAUAUGUUGCCCAACUCCUUGAUCGUGAAAUUCCAGUGUUAAUUUAUGCUGGUGACAAGGACUUCAUCUGCAACUGGCUUGGAAACAAGGCUUGGACUGAUACUGUGGGCUGGAGACAUACUUACAAGUACAGGACUUUGCCAUUGAAGUCAUGGGUUAACAAAGAAACCGGUGAAGCGGCAGGGGAGGUAAAGAGCUAUGGUGCUUUAACAUUUUUGAGAGUGUAUGAUUCCGGUCAUAUGGUUCCAUAUGACCAGCCAGAAAAUAGUUUGUACAUGUUCAACAACUGGAUAUCUGGUAACUACAACUUGGAUUAUUCUCUCGAUAAAUGA